CUUGGUUCCGGCUUGCGGAAGAUGGCGGCGCCCAGAGCCGUAGCGUGAAAUUUGGUGGUGGUAGUCGCAGGCCGUUCGUGCUGGAAUCACAACAGUGGGACCGUGCGCCAUGUCGCGACUGAUCGUGAAGAACCUCCCAGAUGGGAUGAAGGAGGAGCGUUUCCGGCAGCUGUUCACCGCCUUCGGCACGCUGACGGACUGCAGCCUCAAGUUCACCAAAGGCGGCAAGUUCCGCAAGUUCGGCUUCAUCGGCUUCAAGUCCGAGGAAGAGGCCCAAACAGCACUGAACCAUUUCAACAAGAGUUUUAUCGACAUGUCCCGGAUCACGGUAGAGUUCUGCAAGUCGUUUGGGGACCCAACAAAGCCCCGAGCCUGGAGCAAGCAUGCCCAGAAAACAAGCCAGUCCAAGCCCCCUCCGAAAGACAAAGACUCCAUCUCCCCAGAAACUAAGAAGGAUGACAAGAAGAAAAAGGUAGCAGGUGCACUGGAGAAGCUGAGGGAAGAUAACGAGUUCCAGGAGUUCCUGUCGGUUCACCAGAAGCGGACGCAGGUGGCCACCUGGGCGAAUGAUGCCCUGGACGUUGAGCCCUCGAAAGGGAAGAACAACUUGGCCACAGACUACCUGAACUUCGACUCCGACUCAGGGCAGGAGAGUGAGGAGGAGGGAGCCGGAGAGGCCCCAGAAGAGGAAGACAGCAGCCUCGAACCCAAGGCAGCCACACGGAAGGAGCUGUCGGACAUGGAUUACCUGAAAUCCAAGGUGGUGGAGGCCGAGUCGCCAUCCUCAGAGGAGAGUGAAGAUGAAGCCGUGAACUGCGAGGAAGGGAGCGAGGCCGAGGAAGAGGGUUCCUGCACCCCUGCCGCCCGGCAGGACAGGGAGGCGGCCCGAGCCGAGACCGAGACACCAGCCAGCCAGAAGGAACGCUCCACCACCCACACCGUGAAGCUGCGGGGAGCCCCGUUCAAUGUCACAGAGAAAAAUGUCAUGGAAUUCCUGGCACCCCUGAAACCGGUGGCCAUUCGAAUAGUGAGAAAUGCCCAUGGAAACAAAACAGGGUACGUCUUUGUGGAUUUCAGCAGUGAAGAGGAAGUGAGGAAAGCUCUGAAAUGCAACAGGGAAUACAUGGGUGGACGCUACAUCGAGGUGUUUAGGGAAAAGAACGUCCCCGCAGCCAAGGUGCCCCCAGAGAAUAGCGCCAAACCCUGGCAAGGCCGGACACUCGGGGAGCAUGAAGAGGAAGAGGACCUGGCCGACUCUGGGAGGCUCUUUGUGCGAAACCUGCCCUACACCAGCUCUGAGGAAGACCUGGAGAAGCUCUUCUCCAAAUACGGUCCCCUGUCUGAGCUGCAUUACCCCAUCGACAGCCUGACCAAGAAGCCCAAGGGCUUUGCCUUUGUCACCUUCAUGUUCCCGGAGCACGCCGUGAAGGCCUACGCGGAGGUGGAUGGGCAGGUGUUCCAGGGCAGGAUGCUCCACGUGUUACCAUCCACCAUCAAGAAGGAGGCCAGCGAGGACGCAGACGCCCCAGGAUCAUCGUCUUACAAGAAGAAGAAAGAGUCAAAAGAUAAAGCCAACAGCUCCAGCUCUCACAACUGGAACACGCUGUUCAUGGGCCCGAAUGCAGUGGCCGACGCCAUCGCCCAGAAGUACAGCGCCACCAAGAGUCAAGUAUUUGACCAUGAGACCAAGGGCAGCGUGGCCGUGCGCGUGGCCCUGGGAGAGACCCAGCUCGUCCAAGAGGUGCGGCGCUUCCUCCUCGACAAUGGGGUCAGUCUGGACUCCUUCAGCCAGGCCGCUGCUGAGCGAAGCAAGACCGUGAUCCUGGUGAAGAACCUCCCGGCCGGCACCCUGGCGGCCGAGCUGCAGGAGACCUUUGGCCGCUUCGGCAGCCUGGGUCGCGUGCUGCUGCCAGAGGGCGGCAUCACGGCCAUCGUGGAGUUCCUGGAGCCGCUGGAGGCCCGCAAGGCCUUCCGACACCUGGCCUACUCCAAGUUCCACCACGUCCCCCUGUAUCUGGAGUGGGCUCCGGUGGGCAUCUUUUCCAGCCCAGCCCCACACAAGAAAGAGCUCCAAGAUGCACCAGCAGAGCCGGCCGGAAAGGACAGGAUGGAGCCAGAAACAGACGGCGAGACCCCAGAAGGUGAAAAGCUGACAGAGGGAGCAGCACACGACACUUCAGCAAAGGUGGAGGAGGAAGAGGAUGAGGAGAGCCUUCCCGGGUGCACGCUGUUUAUCAAAAAUCUCCACUUCGACACGACCGAGGAGACGCUGAAGGGGGUGUUUUCCAAAGUGGGUGUGGUGAAGAGCUGCUCCAUUUCCAAGAAGAAGAACAAAGCAGGCGCGCUGCUGUCCAUGGGGUUUGGAUUCGUGGAAUACAGGAAACCGGAGCAGGCCCAGAAAGCUCUCAGACAGCUCCAGGGUCACGUCGUGGACGGCCACAAGCUCGAAGUCAGGAUCUCAGAACGAGCCACCAAGCCAGCCCUGACAUCCGCUCGGAAGAAACAGGUGCCCAGAAAGCAGACAACCUCCAAGAUCCUGGUGCGGAACAUCCCCUUCCAGGCUGACAGCCGUGAGAUCCGCGAGCUCUUCAGCACCUUCGGGGAGCUGAAGACAGUCCGCUUGCCAAAGAAGAUGACGGGGAUGGGCUCGCACAGAGGGUUCGGCUUCGUCGACUUCCUCACCAAGCAGGACGCGAAGAGGGCCUUCAACGCCCUGUGUCACAGCACCCACUUGUACGGCCGGAGGCUGGUGCUGGAGUGGGCCAAUUCCGAGGUGAGCCUGCAGACCCUGCGGCGGAAGACGGCCGAGCACUUCCACGAACCCCCGAAGAAAAAGCGGUCUGUGGUGUUGGACGAGAUCCUGGAGCAGCUGGAAGACAGUGAGGACGGCGGUGACGAGCAGACCCUUCAGCCGUGAGCUGGCGCCGAGGGGCUGCUAAGCUGGAGUUCCUGCCUCCAUCUCUCCAAGGGACUGCUCACAGCCUGGGAUGUGGCCUCUGUCCUGCCCCCUCCUCGCCACUUGGGACCAUGGGCCCUGGUUCAGUCACCAGAGCGUCUUCCAUCCGCGCUGACCACGGGGCCACUCACGAAGCACCAAGCCCCAAACCCAGACACUGGCUCAUUGGUUGAGCCCGGCUGUGUCGCUAACGGCAGACGCCCUCUACUCACAGGCUGGGGACCCUGUGAAAUGCAAACAGGUCCCUAGCCCUGGCAAGCAGUGUCCCAAGGCUCAUCCCAGACCUGGGGUGCCCACAUCUACUCCCGCCUGGAGAUUCACACCCAGCACACACCAGGAGGCGGAUGGUAGAGAGGAAAGAGCUAUAACCCGUCUGCCCUGGGUCUGAACCCCAGCUGUGUGACUUUGGACCGGCGAGGUCCCCUCUGACCCUCAGCUUCUCUUUCUAUAAAAUGGGGGUGAUCUUGUACCUACCUCAGAGACAGUGCUCGGACUACAUCAGCCAAUCCAAGUAAAGCCCAGAGCAAGCA